UAUAACAUGAUGAUGAUGUGAUAGAAUUCUAUUUCUCUUCAAUGACGGUUACUUGUGCGUUCGCGUGUGCAUGUUGUGUGCGUGUGUCUUCCCCUUUUCUUGUUCGCGUCACAAAAAAUUAUUAUAAUUCCUCUACAUCUCGUCGUCCUUGCUUUCUCGUCAUCUUCUAGAGUAAUAGUAGCAAUAGACCAUGCGAGAGUUGUCGUUUGCUUUUAUAGGCAGACAAAAAAAAAUAUAAGAUAGAAAAACGAGAAGAGGAGAGAACGGAUCUUUUCCACUAGCUGUGUUUCGCUGUCGCGUUCUAUCCAAUUGCCAGCACUAGCAUCCAUUUUGCUCUCUAUCUCUCUCAACAUUUUCCAUCACAAUAACGAGAUUUUACUUAGAAAAAAAACACAUCAUUAUUUUUGUUUUGUACUAUUAUUAUGUAUAUUUAGUUAUGGUUAAAGUAAAUAAUUAUAAUAUUUUCGAUGUUUAGUUAGACAUAUUCCAAAUAGUCAACAAUACGAGUUUUACUUUUCCAAUCAGUUAUUAUCAACUUCGUCGUCUUCAUUUUUAUCAUUAUUGCCUCUAUCUUAUUGUGAACAUCAACAAACUACUUACUAUUCAUCAAGUGGUUUUGCUAUUCUUCGUUCUUCACCGCGCUUCCUUUUUACGAACAUUGUCAAUCCCCAACAAACUUCAUCAUUUCAUCAUCACAAUGCUGUUCUUUUCGCUGUCGAUCAAUCAUUAUCUCCAACUAUUGCUACACUAAUGUCAUCGAAUGAAAAUAAUCGUCCUGUUGAUAGUGAUUAUAAUAAUUCAACAACACCACUAACAACAACAUCAAUUUAUUCUCUGUUAUCAACAACAACUUUUUCAAAUGUCACAGGUUUUCAUACAACACAACGGGAAACGAAUCGAACAUUUAAUAUAGCAUUACUAGGUGGAUGUAUAAGCGCAAGUGUUAUUUUAAUCAUAAUUAUUAUUUAUGCUUUUAUUAAAUAUCGAAAUCGUGAUGAAGGUUCAUAUAAAAUCGAUGAAAGUAAAAAUUUUGUUACAAAUCCUCAUAUAGAUAAUCAUGAUAAUGGUGGUUGUGGUGGAAAAAUAUCUUCAUCGAAUCAUCAUCGACAAAAAUUAUUAGCUACAAAUGAAUCAAAUGUUGUUGUUGAUUCAAGAGAAUGGUACGUGUAA